AUGUCUGAUCCUGUAAUGGGUGAUGAAAUUGGAAUUGGUUCUGAAUAUUCUUCAAUGGAAAAGGUUCAUGAAUCCGGGGUCAAUAAUGGCCAUGGCCAGGACUAUUAUUCUUCCUCGUCCGAUGAUGAACACGCACAUCGACAGAAGUUUCGUCUCUUCGGCCGCCAAAAACCAAUUCAUAAGGCUUUCGGUGGUGGCAAACCUGCGGAUGUUGUACUUUGGAGGAACAAGCAGAUGUCUGGAGGUUUGCUUGCUGGUGCAACUGUGAUAUGGCUUCUGUUUGAAUGGAUAGGCUAUCAUUUGAUUACUUUUCUUUGUCAUUCUCUUAUUCUGUCUUUGGCCACUCUCUUCUUAUGGUCCCACUUGUCCUACUCUGUUAACCGGUCGGCUUUCAACUUUCCCCAGAUUGUAUUACCAGAGGAUUUGUGCAUGAGUAUUGCUCUCCUAGUAAGGGAUAGAUGUAACCAGGCAUUUGGUAUCUUUCGCCAAGUAGCUACAGGAAAUGAUUUGAAGAAAUUUCUCUCUGCAAUUUUGGGCUUGUGGGCUGUGUCUAUAGUCGGCAGCUGGUUCGACUUCUUGACCCUUGUAUACAUAGUAUUUGUAAUGCUCUUGACAAUGCCAUUGUUGUAUGAAAAGCACGAAGAUCGAGUUGAUUCUUAUGCUCAGAAGGCAACAAUCAAACUCAAGAGACAAUACAGCAAAUUGGAUGAAAAGGUCCUUCAGAAAUUACCCAAAGUUCCUUUCAUCACAGACAAUAAGCAGCACUAA